AUGGCGGGCCCAGACGCAGCGGCCGCCGCCAAACCUCGCCGCAAUCCUUUCCUGGCCUUGGUCGACGGUAGCGAUAGCAGCAACCCACUGCCUCUGCUCGAUCCCGUCUGGCUGUCGCGUACCUUCAAUGUCGCCCAGACGGUCAUGCUGCCCUUCGCUUUCUACUUUAAGCCCGUCAUCGUCCUCGUCGCUGUCACGUGGUACGUCAACUGCGGCCUGGUCGCAACCUCUUCAAACAACCUUCCCCUUCUGAUGAAACAUCUCUAGGUUGUUCUACCGCGCGUACCAGGUCCUCAAUAAACCACUCGAAGAGCUCGCCGGCCUUCUUGGUUUCGACAUUCCUUCUGCGCCCGUCAUCGAUCUAGCCUCCAUCAAGGCCGACGGCGCCAUCGUUCACUGGUCAUUGCCCGAUAAACAGAAAUACAAGAGCUCCUUCAAAUUCGAGGUACACCUAAACGGCGAUGUUAUUGGUACACUCAGCAUACACGACUCUGCCGCCACCAUCACCGGUCUACAGCCUGCUUGCUUCUACGUCCUGAGGGUCUCAUUGAUUAACAAUGUCGACUUCAGCUCCCGCAGCGAUCCGAUCCGAUUCCGAACCAAACCCGCUACCUCUGGCGAUUUCUUUGCCGUUGGUGCAGACGGCCACGACACUGAUCAUGAUGGCUUGCCGGAGCCGAUCCCACGCAUCACGGCCUUUAAAGGCUUAAAGAACAUCGCGCCUGCUUCAAAUGCGACCAUUCCUAUGCAUCGAGAAGGAAGCACCGGCUUGGUACCCCGCCGGAGCAUUCGACGAGCCUCACCUUCCGCCGUUACCGUUGACAAGCACGAUCCUCCCACUGAAGAGAGCGAAGCACCCGAAGGCGCCGAGACGAUUCAGCAGCUUACCGAGAAACUCGAUGCCAUUAGGAGGGAGAUUGAGGAGGCGGAGAAGGUCUCUCGGGAGGAGGACGAAGAGGAAGCCCGACAAAAAGAUGCGCUGUCAAGCGAGAGGGACGACCUUAAGGCGCAAAUGAACGAGAAGGAGAAGGCUAGCCGGAACUUGAAGCGAGAAGUCAAUACUCUAGAGCGUCAGAAUACUGCUGCUCAAAAUGAACGCACAAAGCAGGAACGCAUUCUUCAGCAGAGGAAGCACGAACGGCAGAAGCUGAACGACGAUAUAGUACGGUGGACCCGGGAGGCCGAAGAGAUGAAAACCGACUUGGAUCACAUUCGACACGAGAAAGACGAGCACCUGCUGAAAAUGGAGGACGAGAAGCAGUCUUUGCGUAAGCAACACGAGGACGAACUCACGGCAAUCAGAGUGCUGGAUGAGGAGAUGAAGGAGAAAAGCACCGAAAUUAAGAAGAUCGAGCGUGCGAUGAAGAACAGUUCUCCGUUCGCCUCGGAGCCAGAGCCAAACCUGGUUCAGCAGCUUCAGCAGGAUGCCGAGGAAAAGAGGCAAUGGGAUACGCAUUACGCUCAAAUGCAGCAGCAGUACACCAUUGCUUACCAAAAGUUGGAACAAGCUAAAAUUUUUCAUAGGGAGCAAGUUGCGUAUCUGGAAAGUUUGCGAGCUCGAAGGAAGCAGGAGGAACAGGCUGCUCACAUCGCAUCUCCUCCGCCUACAUUGGAACGUCCACUUCGGAGAGGAGACAGCCAACGCAGUCGACGAGCGCAGAGCGGGCACAGCUCAUCCGACAGUCCACGCAUGGGAGGCUUCCCCAUCACUUCUGCUCCAUUCGUUCCGGCGGCAACUAGUACCGCGUCGAUGUUUUCGUCUGCCCCUUUCCUGAACAUACAAAACGGCAUGACCAUUUCCGCCCCCACAGAAGAGAUCACGAUGUCGGAGGAGGAAAGAGAGCAUCUGACUGGUGGCGCGCCAAUGAGUCCAGAAGCAGGUGCACAGUAUUUGCCCACGAAUUUGUUCGGCGAUGGAGAGGAUAGGCCCUCGACCGGGUCUAUUGGACCGAUUCCUGGCCUCGGGUCUCUUCCCGGCUUGCCAGGCAUUCCGGGUCCAAGUACUCAGCCAGUCCACGAAUAUCCAGGUCCAGGUCCUGCGUCCCCUGCCUCGGCUAGCAGCAGAUCUGCCAGCGUCUUUGCCAGUCCACACGCGAGUCAGCAGAAUCUCUACAUUGGCUCGCCAGAGCAAUUCAUGGAUGCCGACCGCCGCUCGGUCCGAUCUAAUCGUUCAAAUCGUGCGACGAGCGGUGGCGGAGCUGGAAGUCGAUUUAGCGGUAUGUUCGGCAUUAAGCAGCGAGCUAAAACCACAUCCGCGGACGAGGGACCGGCGCUUGGAAAGGCUCAGAGCCAUUCCAUGCCCCGGCAGGAUCAGGGCACACCAGGGAUCGACUCGAACAGUAGGAAACGGAACAGCAGCAUUUCUGCAUCUGUUUUCAGCAAUCCCUCUGUGAACGGAGACGGCAUGUUCGAAGGUCCGCAACCCCCGCCACUGUCUAGAAGCCGUCGUGCACUCAAUUUCUUUAGUAGGGACAAGACAAACGACGGAUGGCCCAGCGCGUUUCGAAGGCCGGCUUCACCAAGGCCAGAUUCCACUCAUUCAACCGAGCUACCGAGACCCUCGAUGGACAGCAGCCGUUGGGGAAUAGACACCUGGCCGUCUAAUGAUGCUGCAGGUGGUGCGCGCAGUAGUCCACUCGCUUUCGGGGCCCCAGGAUGGAACACUCCCCAACAAUCACGUCUUUUUGGCUCUCGGCAUCCCUCGCGGCGGCCAUCUGUACAGCAGGGCAACGAUCCACCAGAAGACAUCUUAGAAGACGAUGACUCCGAUUUUCAUGACUCGUACCGCGCAGCGCAAUUGGGCGCGAUUGGCACGAAGCCGCCCGCUGGGUCCAAGAAGGCCGAGAAAGCCGCAGUCACGUCUUCUCCUGAUGGUACCAGACUCAAUCCCGCUGCCAAGGAUUUCAAGAGCUUCUUCUCCAGCAUGAAACUGACCAAAGACAAGAGUAAAGACGGCACCGCCUCUAGCAGCGGAACCCCUAACCUGGAUAAGGGCGAGUUCGAUGAAUCGCCUCCCCACAGCCGCAAAUCCAAAGACACACGGGAUACAUACUCCAUGACGACCAACGAAUCUUCCCUCGCCGAAUCAUCUCGCAACUCGGUCGACUUGGCAGGCACGCCAUCCUACUCCACCUCCGAUGCACCGGCGCCUUCGCCCAUGUUAGCAGGUAGCUCAGGCAAGGAGAGUUUCAUGCAGAAGCUCUCAAGGAAGUCGAGCUCGAGUAAGUUCACAAUGCCGACCUUCAAGCGUGAGAAGACGGCCAGACAGCAGGAUCCUCCAACCAGUGCGCCUCUGCGCGCGGAGGCGGAAGAGGACGGCGAAGAGAUGAGCGCUAGCGUGGGAAGUAUGCCGGCCAAGGAGAAAGAAAAGGAAGGGAGCAAUAGGGGUAGUGUCAGGAAUUGGAGUAGCGUAUUGAAGUUGGGCAAAAGCUCCGGCGGGAGUUCGAAGAAGGGAAAUGAGACGCCUAGCGUCAGCGGAAUGAGUCUGACCAGUGCUGAGGGGGAAGAGCAAGAAGCGGAGGAAUAG